AUGCUGCGUCAUAUUUCUUUUUCCAAAGGUCUAACGACGUGCGGCGCCUUGCGUGCUGCAGAAAUGGUAAGCCGUCAGACACACCUUUGCUCGCUACUCCGCUAUCAAAGUACAGCAUCAGCAGCAGCAGCAAAGCCUUUACUGAAGAAGAAGAUUCACACGCUCAGUACAAACAAGUCCGAUGCUUCUGCCUACGUGGGGGCUGAUGAUAUUGGUGACUUCUCCUCAUUACGACACACAGGUUACCUGCUGCUUCAUGGGCGCCGUAUGUGGGUGCCAAUGCUUAUGGCCGCUGUGUGCUAUGCCGCGGCUCCGCUUUCAGCUGCCUCCUGGGCCACACAGGGCCUCUACUGGAGCCUCUGCGUGAUGCUGCAACGCCUUAGUGUCCGAGGAAGGAUGAACCACGCCUCCAAGGACCUCACUGGAUACAUCUGCGUUGUGACAGGUGGCACUAGUGGGAUUGGCCUAUACACUGCAAUGCAGUUGCUUGAUAUGGGUGCGCACGUUGUGAUGGCGGCGCGGCCGGGACGAGAAGUGGAGACGCGGGAAUUUUUCAAGGCGAAUUGCCAGUGCGCUCAAGGAUCCGAUGAAGAUGUUCUUCAGAAGAAUUUGACCUUUGUCGCAUUGGAUUUAUCAGAUCAACUUGACAUCAUGGCCUGCGCCGCCCGCAUUAAGGGGAAGUUUGAUGAUCGAAUUGACCUGUUAGUAAACUGCGCCGGUGUCUGGCGGGAGGAGCCUACUAUGACAAAGCAGGGGUUUGAGGAGCACAUUGGUGUUAACUUUAUUGGGCCGUUUCACCUGACAGAGGCCCUUCUGCCAUCCCUGCGACGGUCAAGGCACGGCGGCCGCAUUGUGUACGUGACGUGUUCUUCGCACAAUGGGGUGCACAAGGCAAACAUUGUAAAGGAGCGUAUGCUGCUCAAACCCUCGCCAGACGAGGCCCAGGUCACGGCGCGUUGCUACAGCGCCUCCAAACUGGGCAACGUGUACCACGCGCAGUACAUCGCCACACGGCGCUACGAGGGGGUGCCGCUCAAUCAGCCCACUGAGCUGCGGCCAGUGGAUGUGUGCAUCGCAGACCCCGAGUUUUGCGCGACAAACCUCACCUGCCGUGAUUCACCACCGCUGCUCGGAACGAACAUCCUCGCCAGCACACUCCGUUCAUUGUGGAUACGCAACGCCUACGAAGGGAGCCAGACGGUAGUAAACUGUUGUGUGCGUGAUGAUAUUGAAAAUGGUGGAUACUAUGCAGAGUGCAUGCAGAUGCCAAGUGGACUUAGCCGCCGGGCUCACGACUCGAAGAGCCGAAACGAGGUGAUGCAGUGGGCCAUGACAAAUACGAUUGCAAAGUAUUACACAAUGCGGCCAACCGCGUCAAACCAACGCGUGGGUGCGGCCGCUGGUGGUGGCGCCACUCAAAAGAAGGAUGGCAAAGACUGA